UGACUUUUCAACGAAUGUUAAAUUUGGUCGUAUUUUGAAUUACUAUGCAUCAAAUCUAUAAUAUUCUCUUGGUUCGAGACAUAGAUAUCCAACUAGUUCAAUUCAAGUGAGAUUCUCUCACGUGGAUUGACACGAAGUAUAUUUUCAGUGUUGUGUAUAAAUUUAUCUUUAUACAAUAACUUUGAUUUAGGAAUAAACAAAAAUUAAUAAUUCAGGUGUAAAAUUAAAACGUAUUCGUUUAAAUCAAAUAUUGACAUCUAUAAUAUUUGUAUGUAGAAAUACGCGUUAAUGUUAACAUUAUUAUUAUUACAUUUUCCUGCAAACACGUGUAUCUGACUUUUUGAAUUAUUUUCUUAUGGAAAUAAAUAAUCAUGAAUGACGAUCAGAAAAUACAGUAUUUGGUUGUUGAUACAAGUGCAUUCAUCCGAAAUGCAUCUUUACAGGACAUUGGUGUCAACAUAAUAACGGAACAAGAUGUUGUGAAUGAAGUUACAAAUAAAAGGCAACUGAGAAGAUUAGUUGUCUUACCAUAUGAUUUAAAAAUACAAAGUGCACAUGCCGAAAACAUUAAAUUUGUUAUGGAAUUCGCUAAAAAAACUGGCGAUUAUGCUAGUUUAUCAGCAACUGAUAUAAAAGUGAUUGCACUAACAUAUCAAUUAGAAAAAGAAAAAGUUGGAACAAGUCAUUUAAGAACUGAACCCAUCGUGGUAAACACUGUGGAUUCUAGUGUUAAUCAAAAUGAGAAUCUUCAUGUGUCAUUAGCUGGUUUUUAUAUGCCAGGGAAGAAAAUAGGGACUGAGGAUGCAAACAAAGAAAAACAUGAAUCAGACAAAGAAUAUAUAGAAAAUGAAAAUGUUAAAAGAGUAAACACAAACCUGGAAGAUAGUACAAAAGAUGUCGACAAUGAAGAGACAGAUUCAGAAUUAUAUUAUAGUCAAUUUUCCAGUGAUGUUGAAUCAGAUUAUGAAACUGCAGAUGUUGAUACAAAUAGUGAUAGAACAGAAGAUAUAUCUAAAAGAUUUUCAAAGUUAAAUUGUGAACCAACAGAAUUAAAAGUUCAAGACCAAGAUAACAGUGAACACAAUGUUGAUGAUAUUCUUGCUCCUAUUAAAGAUGAUUUUGAUGAUGAACAAAAUAAUACUGAAUAUAAUCAAUAUGAAGACGAUGAUGAUGAUAGUGACGACAACGGUUGGAUUACACCUAAAAACAUUUCUGCGGUAAAAAAAGAAAUUGAUACAGGUCUCCUUGAACAAACAUCAGCAACUGUUGCAUGUUUAACAAUGGACUUUGCUAUGCAAAAUGUUUUAAAACAAAUUGGAUUGAAUGUAGCUGCCCUAGAUGGAAGAGUAAUUAAGCAAAUGAAAACAUUCAUCUUUAGAUGUUAUGCAUGUUACAAAACUACUAGCAUUAUGACAAAAGUUUUUUGCCCCAGUUGUGGUAAUAAAACAUUGAAAAAAGUUGCAGUUACACUAAACGAAGAAGGACAACAACAAAUUCAUAUUAAUUUCCGAAAAAGAAUUUCUAAAAAAGGAAAAAGGUUUCCUUUACCAAUGCCAAAAGGUGGCAAACAUGCUAACAAUCCUAUUCUUUGCGAAGAUCAACCCGUACCUGAUCAAAGAACAACAAGACUAGCACGCAUUAAAAAUGAUCCUUUACAAGAUGAUUACAUAGCUGGAUAUUCUCCAUUUAUUACGCGUGACGUGUAUUCAAAAUCAGCUAUGUUAGGUAUACGACCAGGAGGUUCCAUUAAAUAUUGGAUGAAAAAAAACCCGAACGAAUCUAGAAGACGACGGAAAUAAUGAUUAUAAGUUAUACCUUUAUAUAUUGUAUGUAUAUUGUAAAAGUGUAAGGUUUCCUAAAAUAUGUAAAUUGAAUAUUGUUAUGCGUGUAAUCUUAA